AUGGGAGGGAAGCAAACUAAGAUUAAAAAACGACGAAGCAAGUCGAAAAAAUUAAUAACUACUAAACUUGAUAUGCUAGAAACACCAGAUCACAAGCCAAAAAUUAUAUUGCUUGGUACUGGAGGUUCGGGCAAGACUACAAUCGCAAAACAAAUGAGAAUUUUGGCUCAGAACAGUUUCUCAGAAAAAGAAAGGAACGAAUACAAAAGUACUAUAUACAAUGGAAUGUUAAGAUCUAUAAAAACUUUAUUACCGGCUAUGAGUGCUUUGAAAAUAGCAUUUGAGAGCAAUGAGAGACUAUCAGAUGCUCAGAUUGUUUUACACAAGAAUUAUGUCGAGAUAUCAGAACUUUCUCCGGAAUUGGUUACGGCAAUGAGAAACUUGGUUUGUGAUUCUGGAUUCAAAUCAUGCUUUGAAAUGUUAGACAAUUUUCAAGAAGAAGAAUUUUUCACAUAUUUUUCGAAGGAAAUUGACAGAAUAACAGACCCGGCAUAUGUACCGACUCUUGAAGAUAUUUUGCAUAUUAAUAUAAAAUCUACUGGUAUUUUUACAUAUGAUUGCUCGUACGAAGAGUUAGAUUUUACAUUCGUGGAAACGUCGGGAAGACGCACAGAAAGAAAGAAGUGGAUUCAUACUUUUGACGAAGUGGAUAUCGUACUAUUUUGUGUAUCAAUGUCUGAUUAUAAUCAAGUAUUAUUAGAAAAUGAAGAAACGAAUUGUAUGACAGAAAGCUUGAAACUUUUUCAAUCUAUCUGCAAUAAUACUAUUCUCAAGGAAAGCAAGUUUGUUCUUUUGUUGAACAAGAAAGAUGUUCUGAAUGAAAAAGUAAGGAGAUGUGCAUUUGGACAACAUUUUGAUGAAUUCAAAGGAGAAAACGCCUACGAAACAGUUUCACUGUACAUCAAAAACAUGUUUGAAGAUGUUAUCGUAAACAAAGAAAAACGAGAAAUACACACUUUCUUCACAUGUGCUACGGAUACAGACGAUUUUCGUGCUAUACUAGACGAACUACAUAGACUUAUGACUGAAAAAUCACCAUCUGGCAAUUUUUUAAAAUAA